AUGUACGAGUUUCUCAAUUCCUCUCCCUCUCCUCAGCCUCUCUCCCCUCACUUGACAUUGAAACAAUCCUCUUCAUGUGUCACCAUCAAUUCCUACACCCUGUGUGACAAUAAUGGCGACAAGGAGGCUCCCAAGACCGGCACUUCCUCACCCACCACGCCUUCCCGCGCCGUCCAACUCCUCCGCCUAGGCCUAUUUUCUUCUCCUGCUCAGAAGUACGAAAACAAUAUUGACCGUUGUUCUUCACCAUCUAGCAAUGCCCGCACUCGAGGCCAGUUUAAGCCGCAGCGCGCCAACAAGGGAACCUCGAGCUAUCAGCUGAGACAAUUCGCAGAAGCGACGCUAGGAAGUGGCAGUUUGAGGAAGGCUGUCAAGUUGCCCGAGGGAGAAGAUCUGAAUGAGUGGCUUGCGGUCAACGUGGUCGAUUUUUACAACCAGAUCAACCUGCUUUACGGAUCAAUCACCGAGUUCUGCUCGCCACAAUCAUGCCCUGAGAUGAAAGCCACCGAUGAGUUCGAAUACCUUUGGCAAGAUGCCGCAACUGGCUUCCCAAAACCCACCAAGAUGCCCGCCCCAGAAUACAUUGAACAUCUCAUGACUUGGGUGCAAUCUAACAUUGACAACGAGAGCACUUUUCCUUCCCGAAUCGGUGUUCCCUUCCCUAAACAUUUUCCCUCCACUGUACGACAACUCUUCAAGCGCCUCUAUCGCGUGUAUGCACACAUUUAUUGUCACCAUUAUCAAGUGAUCGUGCACCUUGGGCUGGAACCGCACCUGAAUACGAGUUUCAAGCAUUUCGUACUGUUUGUGGACGAACACGGUCUCGAAAAGGGCGGGGGUAAGGAUUAUUGGGGCCCUCUCGGGGACUUGGUGGAGAGCAUGUUGAAGAGCGAUUGA